CACCCCCACCCUCGCUCCCAUUCAAAUCUUUAUUUUCCGGCAUUGUAGGUGCAGCUUCCGUUGGUAGCGUGUGAGAGGAACUGGAUUAAAUAUAUAUAUCAAAGAACAAAAUGGGUGUCGAUAAGGAGACUGUUAAACCGGGUGACGGAGCAACUUACCCGAAAAAAGGUCAGCAGUGCAGUGUGCAUUAUACCGGAUGCCUGACAAAUGGGAAGAAGUUUGAUUCCUCCCGGGACCGAGGCAAGCCUUUCAGUUUCAAGAUUGGGCAAGGGCAAGUGAUCCGGGGCUGGGAUGAAGGCGUUAAGCUGAUGUCUCUGGGGGAGAGGGCCAUGCUGACCUGCUCUCCUGAUUUCGCCUACGGGCCUGAGGGGUGCGGCAACCUCAUCCCAGCCAAUUCCAUCCUGGUCUUUGACGUGGAGUUGCUGGCGAUUUCUGACUAACAUCCUCCUGCCCUGUCCCAUCGCCGCACAUUGCUUUCUGGGUUGGCUCCUAUCAUGAGAAGACACUGGGUUAAGCUGGGAGAGAUGCACUGGAUUCUACAUGGGGCUUGAGUCUCUUUCUGCAUUUUCAUCAGUUGUCUACUCAUAAGAAUAUAUAUAAAACCUUUAAUGACACCUCCGCAUAUCUAUCCUUAAAAACUGUGGUCCACAACCUUACAACGGUGGCAUUAUUAAUCUUUUAAUUGAAACCGUCGCCACCGCCCCCCCCCCCCCCCCCCAAAUACUUAAUUUAUCUUUGUUGUAGUUUGCAAGUAGGCCUAGUGCAUGUGGAAGUGUACCAAUGGUGAGUAAAUGAGAGGGCCUGCAGCUGCUAAAAGUGCCCUCCCACCCUGCUGCUGCACACGGUCACACAUUAACGGUUAGCACUUAAACCUCACCUCCAUUAUAAAGUGGUGUUCCCACACCUUUCGAGUUUGGCCACACGGGAGAAGUGCGCGCGCACACGAGAACAAACGCAGCUCGCCCUUUCAGCAUUGAAUAACCCGUAGACAUGUUUUUUUUUUUUUCUGAUCAAAAUAAUGGCAUUUAAAUAAAGGCACUUGAAUAAAGUCUGUGAUUUAGAGUCUGUGUGUCCUCUCAGCCUGAUGUCGCCACAGUCGCGCUAAUACAGCCCUGGCACCGCCCUCGCUCCAUAGUUGCUGUCCCAUUGAGUGCAUGUACGUGAUGAGCCCUGCGCCACAUUGAUUAUGUACAUGCCGUGUAGUAAAUGGGUGUUUCUGCAGAAAAAGAAUCCUGUUACCCAAGUUUCUGAUGAAUUCUCUUCUCCAUAUAUCACCUGAAAUUGCCACGAUCUAUAUUUUUCAGAUGCCAACUUUGUAACUUCAAUAAAUUUUUACAAACUGCA